AUGAAUCGGGGAAAAUGUUUUCACAACCUGGUCACACUGCAUUGUAUACCAGAAAAAAAAAUGGUAUUAGCAUUAGCAGCGAAAAAAUCAAAUAAAUAAAGAAAAAAUCAAUUAAAAGUGCGCCGAUCCAAAGGAUAAACACAAAAGACUCAAUAAACAACAUCAGAUGCCUAAGAAUCAGCAGGAAAACCCGACACCGAACCAUUAGGCUAGUGAAAAAGUGCAAAAUAAACAUUCGCCCGUGGGAAGGGGAAUACAGCAAGCACUCGAGAUUCUCCCGAAAAUACACCUAUUACUCCAGUCCAAGAAUACCACACGGAGCGCUUUGGAUCUACAAUGGCCACCAGCGAGAUAUCGAGCUCCAAUGAGCGUCACUACUAUGCCAAACUGGAGGCCAUCAAGGACAUCAGGGACAAGACCCUGUCGCUGGAGAAGCUCAAGGUGCGGAUCAUCAAGGAGGUGAAGCUGAGCGACGACGAGGAGAAAUGCCUGGAGGAGUACCGCAAGGAGAUGGAGCACCUGCUCGAGGAGAAGAUGUCGCACGUGGAGGAGCUGCGCCAGAUCCAUGCGGACAUCAACGACAUGGAGAACAUCAUCAAGCAGACUAAGGAGAACCAGACGCGCUCCUUCGACAUGGCCAACCGGGUGUACGAGGAGUACCUGGCCCUGAAGUACCAGAUUGAUCACAUGCGCCGUGACUAUCUCGGACUUAGUCCGCUGCGAGAUCUUCACGAGGAGGAGGGCAGUCCCAUUUCAAAGGAUCGCUUCCAGACCAAUUUCCUUAAGGUGGCCGCCCAAUCGGCGGCAGCAGCAGCUGCUGCAGCAGCGGCGGCGGCCUCGGUUAAUCAGACCUCAUCGCUGGCCCGUCCGCACGCCCGGCAUCCUCUGAUGCCGGAGGCCACGGUGACGGCACUGCCCUCCGGCGGCGGACAGGGAGGCGUUGGUGGUGGCGGCGCUGCAGGCGGUGGUGCAGGAUCCGUGGGCGGCGGAGGAGCCGGAGGCGGUAAUCCUGGACACGCCUUCAUGCCACCCGCCCCGCCGGGAGCAGGCAGUGCUGCUGCCGCCGCCGCUGCGGCUGCUGCUGCAGUGCGUCUGGGCAAGGGCGAUUUCUCAGCACCACCGCCACCGCCGCCGCCCAGCAAUCGACUACAGCAAUCGCCCUCGAUCGGCAUCGGCCACCAUCCCUCGUUCCGCUCCGACUUUAAUGUGAAUCUCCGCCAGCAGCCGCCACCCAUGAAGUCCUGUCUGUCCUGCCACCAGCAGAUCCACCGGAACGCGCCCAUCUGUCCGCUCUGCAAGGCCAAGUCGCGCUCCCGCAAUCCCAAGAAGCCCAAGAAGAAGAACAACUAAUCGGCCACC